AUGGGUGGUGGUAUGGCCCUUCUGUUCGCUGAGAACGGUUGCCAUGUAUCGCUCGAAGAUCCCUCGGAAGAGGCCAUGGAUGGUAUCAUCAAACAGGCCAAGGAAGAAGGCUUCGAAGAUCGUAUCAGCAAACACAGCGACUACAAGUCCUUGUGCGAUUCUCUUGACUCACCCAAGGUCUUUGUCUUCAGCUUGCCUCAUGGUAGUGUGGGAGAUGGCGUACUCGGAGGUCUCAUGCCUUACCUUGAGAAGGGAGACAUCAUCAUCGAUUGCGGUAACGAGCACUGGAAGAACACGGAGAGAAGACAGGGCAAGUGUGUUGUCAGAGGUAUCAGAUACAUUGGCUGUGGUGUCUCUGGAGGCUACCAGGCUGCCCCCGAUGACCAGUCUCUUGAUCUCGUCCUUCCCUUCCUGCGUAAGGUUGCAGCAAAGGACCCCAAGGGAAGACCAUGUGUCGGAAAGGCCGGUACAGGAGGCGCGGGUCACUAUGUCAAGAUGAUCCACAAUGGCAUCGAGCAUGGCAUGAUGAGCGCCAUCUCGGAAGCAUGGGGCAUGAUGAGAACUGGCCUUGGUAUGUCGGAAGAUGAGAUUGGCGAUGUGUUCGAAAAAUGGAACAAUGAAGGAGAAUUGAUUGGUGCCGACAUCUGCCGUACCAAGGAUCCAAAGAACGGCGAACGUGUCCUGGAAACCGUGGAAGACAAGGUCGUGCAGGACGUUACCGGAGAGGAGGGUACCGGUAUCUGGUCUAAUGAAGAGGCUGUGGGAGAGCACAUUCCUGCACCAACGCUGAGCUCAGCUCACUUCUUCCGUUUGGCUUCAGCCGACCGCGCCCAGCGUGAUCGCGCUCAGAAGGCAUUUGGAGGUGACUUCCCGGCACAGAAACUGGAUGUCAAGGACAAAGCCGAAUUCCUAGAAGACUUGCGCAGGGCCACAUACACAGCAUGCCUGGCAGCCUACGUGCAAGGCAUCAACAUCAUCGACCACAAGAACAGGGAGGUCCACUGGAACAUCAACUUCUCAGAAGUUCUGCAGAUCUGGCGCGCUGGCUGCAUCAUUCAAGCCGAUUACAUUGCUUCUGUGCUCGAGCCCAUUUUUGCUGAGUUCCGCAACAAGGACACCAUGAACUUGUUGUUCGAGAAGACCGUCGCCAACGAUCUCAAGAAGGGUCAGCCGGCACUCAAGCGUGUUGUGGUCCAGGCAGUGCUUGGCGACCAUGUGGUACCCGCCAUCUCAUCCUCGCUGGACUACAUCAAGUACCAGACUGGCUUGGAGUUGCCAACACAGUUCUAUGAAGCCGAACUUGAUUACUUCGGAAAGCACAUGUACGACAAGAAGGGCGAAGACCCCAAGGGUGCUCCCACCACUGGAAAGUACCACUUUGAAUGGAAGAGAGCUUGA